AUUGUCAACAAAAUUAAAAUGAAAGAAGAUGGAUAAAAUACCAAUAGUUCACAUCAAGAAUAUCACGGACAGUACGGUUUUAAAGAUAGAGGGAACAGAGGAACUUCAUUUGAUAGGGUUUGGACAAGAUGGCGAUGUACAGACAGCUCCAAUGUCAUCUUCUGAUAGAUUUACAGAUCUUCCGUCAGGAAUUGUAGUUCCAUUACUUAUGCUAACCAAGUGUCACCAUGGUGGAUUGAUGUUAACCUCACACAAUAAAGAUGUUUCCUGUUUUGUCAACAAGGAAAGAUUAACUUCUGAGAUAAACUUGUUAGGAGGUUCCACAAUAGAAGUAGCUGACAAGAAAUUGAGGGUAUUUAUUGGUCCUAUGGCUAAGGAGAGAAGGUUGUUACCACAUACCCCAGGAGUUGCUGUUUCUAGGACUCCACCCCCAAAACCAGGCAGACAAGGAGAAAAUCAGCCACUUCAACGAGCAGUAAGUGAAGAAAGCUCUGACUGGUUCCAUGUUCAACAUCCUUCUAUGGAUCCAGAUUUAUUUGAGAAGUCAGCAUCUUCUAAACAGCUUGGAGGUCUGGCUGCAAGUUUCUUAACAAAACAAGUCCACAUGUACACAGAUUCAAAACUAUCAUCAAAAAUGACUGAUCAGAUAUUCAGAUUUUUGCAGGAAGUAGCAGAAUAUCAGAGGAACGUUGUACUGGGUUACUUAAAUGAGGUUACCAGUUAUUUAGACGAAAUGCCAGAAUCAGAAAGGGACAGGCCAAUACAUGCUCCAUCUAUAAAACUUCUUGUUGAAAUUCUGAGACAAAUACUGGAUCCCUUGUCUCACGUUGUUCUGUGUCUGCAGUUGCUAAGGAAGUUCAGCCAUUUUCCACAGAAUAUUCCAAUAAUGAUAAAAUGUCAGGCAGCUGCAGCAGUGAUGGGUUGCAUGGCUGUGUAUUUGAACCAGGAAGAUGUGCAAUCAAAUUGUUUAGACAUCUUAGCCAAGAUAACAACAUACCAAUAUCAGAUUACAGAAAAGGUACAAGUCAGAGAAACUGCAUUGGAAAUGAUACUGAGAGCAUUGAAGCAUCAUGAGGACCAUGAAGAAAUCUUACAGUCUGGUUGUCGUACUUUGUCAAAUCUAACAGCAACGUUGCAGAUGACAUUAGAGUCAUGGUUAGAUAUACCAUACAAUAUAAAUCCAGAUGUAGAGGAAGGAAUAGUCAAAUAUGAGUCAUUAUUAAACCACAUCUUUACCACUGCUACAUCAACAGUACAGAUUAUAUUACAGAAUUAUAUGAAUAAUAUAGGAAUUAGGACAGAAGGAAGAAGAUUCUUAUUUCAUCUGUCAAAGAUGACACAAAUUUUAACAAAGAAAGGAAAAAGAAGUUUGAUUGUCCAUGAAAGUGAUGAAGAUGAAGACGAAAAUUCCAGAAAUACUAGUGAAAACUUAGUUACACCAACGGUGUUAGCACCUAUGAAAACAGACAUUGAAACAAAAGGUAUUCUUCGUCAAGAUGGUGAAAAAACUCCAGGAGCAUUACGAAAAGUCCAUUUUGUAGACAAUCAAUCUUUAACAAGUAGUUCUGCAACUGAAGAGGACAGUGAUGAAGAUGAUGAGGUUACAUUUGUGCAGAGGAAAGAGGCAGGUGGUGCUGUCAUUGAAAUUACCGAAACCAGAAAAUUAACAAAGACUGAAAUUCAAAACUUUCAUAUACAAACAACAUCUGAUUCAGAACUUCUUUCAACUUUUGAAUCUUCAAUUGAAUCAUGUGGUGACUACAAAGAAGUCAAAAAUGAGAACAAAGAAAUGUCUGAACUUGAAUCUGAUAGCGAACUUGAAAAGUCUGUAGAAUCCCAAGACUUGGGGGAAGAUGAUAACUUAGGAGAAACUGUGAAUUUAUCUCAAGAAUCCAAUGUUUUGUCAAGUAUUGACACUGAUUUACAAGGAAGUGUUCAGAAAGGUCAGGAAACUGACACAUCUCAAAGCUCAUUACAGAAUGAUGGGACUCUAGAUACUGUAUUUUGUAAUGGACAAAAGAAUAUUUCCUCCAAUGCUACAAAAGAUGUUGUAACAGAUCAGGAAAGUGAUUUACCACCAUUCCCACAUUCUUUUUCAGUUUCAGAUGUUGAACUUUUAACCAAUGUUAUCAGGUCAAAGAUUGUGGAAUAUGUAAGCUGUAUGGUGAUUGAUGGAAACGAUUCUCAAGCUUUGAAGGAUAUUGACCUUUCCUUAGUUAGUUUAUUGGAGAAGGCUGAGGUUUCACCUAGACUCUUACAAUAUGUUCAACAACAGUAUAACCAUAGUAAAACAUUAAUGGAUAUAGAUACAUCAUACUUAAUAGGUAUUGUAGAUGCUGUCAGAUACACAUCAUUAUUACCAGAUUUACUGAGAAAGUCUUUACUAGAUGUUGCAGCUUGUUUAGAGAAAAAUAAAGACACUUUUGUUAUAUUUGUGGCAGCAGAGAGUAUAAAGACGGUAUUUACAAAGGAUAUCUUGAUUUCUGUAGUCUUUGAUAAGUCAUUUUCAGAAGCAAUGAAAACCCAUCUUCAGCAAGUGGAACAUAGAUCCAGGCUUCUACAAGAUAUAGUUAAGUUAUUAAGUGAUAGUUAACUUGACAAUUUAUGUGUAAAGGUGUUAGACUGUAAAACAAGUAUGUGAAGGAAGGAUCCUAUUCAGUCUGAUUUAAAAAUGAAUUUUAUUAGACUAUGUCACUGUUUAAUUUAAACAAAAUUAAAUUACUAGUUUUUAAAAGGUCCCAUAUAGAAUGAUUGAGAGCAAAAAAAUGUUCAACUCUCCAGAUAUUUGUUGACCCAAUAUAGAUCUUUUUUUAAAAUGAAGGUGUUUGCUGUUUAAAGUUAUUCCCCUCGACCACCAUGAUGGAGGUGAAAGAGAAUGAUUUUCUUUUGACUAACCAAAUUGAAACAUGUGGUACAAGCAAUUUAUUAUGGCAGCAAAAGGAUGUAAGUUUUACUCAAAAUACGCCAGAAUCAGUAAUAAAAAAAUUAAUAAAACAUUGUUUGUACACAAUUUAAACUCCUCAAGCUGUCUGGGGUAUUGUUUUACUGCUAGUUAAUGAACUGCUGAUGUUACUGUGACUUGACCGUAAGUGUUGCUCUCCACCUAUUGCAGUUUAUUCAAAAUUCUGAUCAAAUUACAAUCUCUUUUAUCAAACCUAACUGUUCAACUGGUCAGAAAUUUAAACAUUUUGCUGUAGAAAACUACAGUCAAAGUCGUGAAAGUGCAAGGUGAUAAAAAUAUGAAAAUGAUACUAAGAAUUUUUAUAUAUCUUUUUAUUGUAAUUGUCAUUCGAAAUGUGAUAGGUAGUAAUUUUUGAAUUGCUAUAAAAAUGUCUAAACUAAGCUUCCUUUAAAUUUUUUGUUUUAGAAAGUCUUCUUUAUUCAUAAGAAUCAAAUAUCCGUUUGAAUUAAAACAUGUCAUAUUCUGUAAAAUAUUUGUGAAAUUACAAUAACUAAUAAGUUUCCAUGAGAGAUAACAUAAAAUCAUUGAUCUUUUGAAAUAUUGAUUUUAUCUCCCUUUAAAACUUCAUAAGAACAUAUUUGAGCUUAACGUAUAUUUAACCAAGUAUUUUAGAGAUACAUUUAAAGAAAACAUUGUAGCAUGCACCAAAAAACACCAUUUUAUUGGAAAUAAUUCAAAAAACUAAAUUUUGGCAUUUUUUAGCAAUUCAAAAAUUCCUACCUUUCACCUUUCGAAUGACAAUUACAAUAAAAGGAUGUACAGAAAUUCUUAGAGUCUUUUUCAUGAUAUCAAUGUAGUAAAAUUAAAGACUAAUAGGAUUGUAUAUAUGGUUUAUUUUAUCACCUUGCACUUUCACAACUUCGACUGUGGUUUUCUACAGCAGUUUGUGGAAAUUUCUGAUCAGUUGAACAGUUUGGUUUUGUAAAACAAAUUACAAUUUGGUAACGGCCUCAGUGAAUAUCAGUUUUUCAAAAGUCAAUAAAACCACAUAUUUACCUCAUCAAAAGACAGUAAUUGUAUAAUAUUUAUUCCUGAGUAUAUACCGGUAAUGUGUUGACGUUCAAAUUAUUGUGAUACUGCCCUAUGUAGCUGUGAUUAAUAAAUUAUGUUUGCAUGUUUUGUAUAAAUAACACAAUUUCUUUUUGUUAAAUUUUAUAUUUUGAUAAGCUUUAUUAUAAUUGUUGAAUAAAUUGUAUAUUUGUAACAAUUCAAAAAUGAUGUUAGCUUAUAUUAAUACGCUAUGUUAUACUAUCAGGUUAAUUUUUGUUUAAUACAUUAAAUAUCAGAAAUGUUUAUGUACGACUAUAUAUAUGUGAUAAAGCCUUUUUAAUUCACAAUUUAAAACCAAUAACCAAAAGUGCCAACCAUCAUACAAGAAAAGUCAAAUGCAAAAGACAAUUUCAAUAUGUGCCUUGAAAUGUUGAUAUCCAAAUCUUUGGUGAAUCAUUGAUACAGAUGUUUUUAUGUUAGGUUAGAAUCUCUACAAAAAAUAUGAUAAAAAUAAGAAUCAAACACGCAUUAAUAUAUUCAUAGUUUAAUCUUUUAUAGAUUUUAGCUUCAAUAGGCCCUUUACCAUAUCUUUGAUAUACAUCAUGUUGCAAUGUGCAAUCUACUCUGAUGAAAAUAUUAGAUUUUAAGCUACAUCAGUUGGUUAAAUACUUUGAAAGGUUUAAGCCUGGUAUCUCGUGCAUAUGGCAUACACGAUUUUAAGCCUGGUAUCUAUGAUGAGUUUAUUUGAACUUGUUUUUAGUAAUGGCUAAUAUUCUUUAAUAAGUUGUCAUUAUUUAGUUUUUACUUGUACUUUUGUCGUUAUAAAAACUAAUUAAGAGUUGAGUGAUGUUUUGAAAAGGAAUUUAUUUGCGCAUUUUGUUAUUCCACUGACUUAUAUAAAAAAAGAGGGAGGGUUCAGUGCUGAAAGAAAACUAGUUUAAUCCCACCAUUUGUUGAUCUACCUGUUCAAAAUCAGGAACCUUGGCAAUUGUCUAUAGUUAUAUCGUAAUGGGUGUGUUCUUUAGGGAAUAAUGAUUUAGCAGAUCUUAAACCACAUAUGUUAAAUUUAUAUAUGUAUAUUAAAAAGUUACAUUGUUUUUUUUAAGUAGAGUUAUGUUAAUUGAUUUAUGAUGUAUCUUUAUGUGAUUGUUGUUGAUAAAAGUGUUGAAUUUGUAUAAGUUAUGUUACCUUUUGAAAAUUUAAAGAUUAUAGUUUUAAUUCUUUGUUAUUUACUUGGUGCUAAAAGAAGUAAAAUACUUUAAUAUACAGCAACAAGUGAGUUUAUCCAAUUAAAUUUGAAGGUAUAUUUGUGAUUUCCAUGGAAAAUUAUUGGUCAGUGGUAGUUAUGAUAACUGCAUAGAAAACAUUUCAUAAAUUUUAUUUAUAAAUUGAAACAAUUGUUAAUACUAGUUUUAAUUGUUAAUGAUGAAUAAAUUUUCAAACCUACA